AUGCCAUACGAUGACACCCCUGAUGUGGUGUUCAAUUCACAAGGCGAUGGUUUGCCUGAGGCAUCUGGCAUCUUCCAGGACUCAGACGUGGAGUCGCGUCACCACAACUCGCUAUUUGGCAGCCCGAGCGAGGCACAACUCCCCUUGAAGUGUGAUGCUAACGAAGAUGUAGGAAACUUGGGCUCUGAUGCAGGAGCCCAACCCGUAAACCGAAAAGCCCGCGUUGCUCAUUUGCCUCAACCCACGCCUCCUCCUACAGCAGCAGCGGCGACAGUCGAGGAAUCAGCCUCGGAUAUCCCGUUCCUAUAUCAGGGCUGGUCUGAAGGAGAGAUAGCAGAGGAGCUUCUGACCCCUGAAUCAUUCUACUGGUGGAAGGCCCGUGACGCCAUGGCGGAAAGGGGGCUGCUUCCCGAUAUCCCGAUGAUUUAUCCCUCUGGCGCGAGACAGCAUCAAACUGCGCCGAGUUCUGCCCCCGACAAACGGAUCCUCAGAUGGGAAGACCUCAGCUUGGGCGUCCGAUGGCUCAUCAUCCUACGACUUAGCGAGCAGCGCCCGUUUUCCGCUGUCAUAAUCUGGCAGCUUGAUCUUUCCAAGCAACAGGUUCAUGAUUUCGUCACCAGUUACGUCAACUUCUGUGAUCAGUGGAACGCUUUCGAGCACAGCGUUGCGGAUAGGGUCAAGGCCUUUGGAGGACAUUCCAAGCAGCAAGAUAUGCUGUGCUCUGACUGGAUCCAUGACCACCGUCCACUGAUGCCACACGACCGCAUCACGCAGGACGAUGUUCAAAUGGGUCUGCUCUUCCUUUCCGAGCGCGGAAUUGUCAACCAUAAUGUCGAUCUCCAGGCAUGGGUUGAUGAGAAAGAGCCCAAGGACUUUGCUCGCAUUCAGAUUGACCUCCCCACCUUGAAAGAUUGUAUGGAUUACCGACUUCUCCGACGAGUUGCUGUCGCCAGGCUGGUGGACCCUGAUGUGAUUUUGGAUGCCAUCGUACAGCAAAGGAUGGAAAAACGCCGCAAUGAGUGCAAUUUUCGCGGAAGAGGUGUCAUGCUAAACGAUGCUUUCCUUGGAGUGUUGCAACAGCUUUCCCCCGAAGCCCAAGCCGUUCUAGACACGAUAUCGAGAGGCCCACGCAUUGGUGAGCCCAUGCCCAUGCCGAUCCCACGCUACCAGCGAGAACAGAAGGCAGACGAGGCCUACAAGGCUUUGAAACGGAUGGUUCCGGAGCUGCAGCCCCAGUAUGCCCCAGGAGGACUGGCCAAGACGCAGUGGGAGAUUGACAAUGGGUAUCCUUCUGGAUAUAACUGGGAAUACACCCCUCUUCAUCUCGCAGAAGAUGCAGCCGACAUGGAGUCCGACCCUCUCCCCGAAGGAUUGAGUGUGCAAAACCCUUCUCGUCUUGCCGCCAUACAACAGGAGAUGGCCAAGCGACAAGCCACCAGGGCCGCUGGCCAAUCUACUCAGACGCCUGUCAAUUCCCCAGGCAAGCAAUCGCCUGAGCAGGCUCAAAGUGCUGCACCGCUUCACCAUAACGUGCCAAGGUCUCGUAUCGGAACUGCUCAAGAGCGCUUCAUGACAAGCAAUAACGAGGGGCAACUCAUGGUUGGCUUCGCGGCAGACAUCCCUUCAGUGACUGGACAAGAAGUCCCCCAGAACCCUGGCUCUACCAGACCGUUUGCUGAAUUAGCAUGUUGUAGCCAACCUGAGGUGCUGCCGAGAGCAGUGGAAGAGGAACCCGAACAAAGCCUUCCAGAUGUGACAUCCGCAGAAGACCUUGAGCCAGAUGCCAAUACCAAUGUUGUGUUGGAGAGAAGCAUGCGAAAGCGUCGGCCUAGUGCCCGUGCUCGCGAAUCUUUGCAAUAUGAUUUGGAGAUGGGACAGUGUGCUGAAACUAGUUCCGAGAAGCUCCAAGGGAAAAAAGCGAGGCCGUCCAAGCCAAAAAGAAGGCAAGCCGGCGAAGCCAAGGGCUCCCAAGACGCCAAAGGCUCCCAAGACCCCGAAGGCCCCGAAGGUGCCCAAGACGCCCAAGGCGGGCUCGAGCCAACGCAAGAAGCCGACACCCAAGAAGCUGCAGCAACAGCAACAGCUACAGCAGGAGCAACAGGAUCAACAAGAGCAACAAGAUCAACAACAAGAGCAACUACAAGAGCAGCCACGAGAGCAACCACAAGAACAACCACAGGAGCAGAAACGGCAGAAUCAGCUGUAACGGCGCCUCGGGUUCAAAGGCGAGGCAGCUUAGGCCAUUCGUAUUCUGCUGCACAGAGUCCGUCGCUGCCCGCCGUGAUUGAAGUACCGAGACUAGAAGAAGAAGAGGAAGAGUGUCACUGCGUUGUGCAAAAGCCAGGCCAACUUGGAUCAGAGACUUCAACUGCCCGAGAUAUCCGGCAGAGACCAUGUAAAAGGCUGAACUGCAAGAUCCGAAAGUUGGAGAAUUAUUUUGGAAUUCUGAGGGGGGAACAGAUCAACGCGCGCCCACCACCUGUUUCUGCAGCUGAAUGGGCUUGGGUUGCAGAUGACGCUAGAUUUGCUGUCGAAGCUGUCAAGGCUUGCUAUGCUCUCAGUGCGGAUUGGAUCAAUACCGAGCUGUUGGUACCACGGCAACACCAGAUGGAUCGAGAUACAGCUCAUGCGGUUAUCGUCUCAGCGGGUGUCGAGUAUACGCGAAUCGAACACGCACAUCGAUCGGAGAAUGGAGCAGUUGCUGAGAGAGCUGAAUUUGCGGGUGUUGCUGACACGGCGACUUUUGCAAUGCAUGCUGUUGAAGCCUCUUUUGCUUUUUCGGAAGAUUGGGAGACGGAUGACGAAUCUGACGAGCAGCAAUCGCCAACACCAGCACCGUAA